UAUGGAUAGGGUUUCUAAAACGAAUUCCAAAACCAUUAAUUCUUAACAUUUUGUUCAAUAAUAAUUUGCAAGUCGUUCUGUGAAAAUUGGUUAAUCUCAUUAACUUUUAUCUUAGAGUGCAAGUUGUAUUUGAGAUUAUCACAAUUACCUCGUACCUUGAUCGUAAAACACCAGUUGAUGCUACUAAAAAGUAUUGAUUUGUGUUUUUGAUGCUAUGAGAUGAGUAAAUCUUAUCAAAUGCGUUUUAGUCACAUAUUUUCUGGUGCACAAUAAAAAAGUGAUACUUGUAUAAUCCGGAAUGAAUCUCGACAACUCGUCACGAGAAAACUCUGAAGCUUUGGAUUCCGUCGGUACGGUAAGCCCCAGGGAAAAAUAUCACACAAUGAGGGAAAAGAAAUUGUCCGCAGCAUCGAUCACUACGACUGAGGGUGCUCGUCCCAAAGUUGUUACUGUUAAACAUCCGGAGUCCAAUAAACCGAAACCUACAGCUAAGAAAAACAAACCAAUACAGGCUGAUCUUGACGUUAUUAAAGAAUUCAUUAGAUGCCGUGAAGAAGGUGUAAUACGAUUGGAUCUCAGCAAAUCAUCGAUUACUUCUCUUCCGCCAAAUGUUAGAGAUCUUACACAUUUAGUAGAGUUUUAUUUGUAUGGGAAUAAGCUGGUUGCACUUCCAUCAGAAUUUGGUUGUUUGUCCAAUCUACAAACACUCGCAUUAAAUGAAAACUCAUUAACAAGCCUACCAGAUUCUCUUGCUAACUUAAAAUCUUUAAAGGUUCUUGAUUUACGACAUAAUAAAUUAAAUGAUAUACCUGAAGUGGUUUAUAAAUUGACAUCUCUCACAACUUUAUAUCUACGGUUCAAUAGAAUCAGAGUUGUAGGAGAUGGGAUUGAAAACCUCACUAAUUUAACUAUGCUGAGUCUUCGAGAAAACAAGAUUAAGGAAUUGUCUGCAGGAAUUGGCAAAUUGAUAAACCUUGUAACAUUUGAUGUGUCGCACAACCACUUAGAGCAUCUGCCCCAAGAGAUUGGAAAUUGUCUAAAUUUGUCUACAUUAGACUUACAACAUAAUGACUUAUUGGAUAUUCCUGAAAGUAUUGGGAAUCUUACAGCAGUUACUAGAUUGGGACUUAGAUACAAUGGGCUUUCGACUAUCCCUGCCACUCUAAGCAAUUUGAAACAUAUGGAUGAAUUUAAUGUUGAAGGAAACUCAAUAUCUCAGCUGCCUGAAGGUCUCUUGGCUAGAUUGAGUGAACUCACCAGUAUAACUCUCUCCCGUAAUUCUUUCACCAGCUACCCUUCAGGUGGUCCUGCUCAAUUUACUAAUGUCUUUACUAUAAACCUAGAACAUAAUCAAAUUGAUAAAAUACCAUAUGGUAUAUUUUCAAGAGCUAAAAACUUAACAAAACUGAAUAUGAAGGAAAAUCUUUUGACUGCACUUCCUUUAGAUGUUGGGACUUGGUUAAAUAUGGUUGAACUUAAUUUGGGGACUAAUCAGCUUUCAAAACUACCUGAUGAUGUUCAAUGUCUGCAAAAUUUAGAAGUUCUGAUAUUGUCAAACAACCUGUUAAAAAGAAUACCACCUAGUAUUGGAAAUUUGAGGAAGCUACGAGUACUCGACUUGGAAGAGAAUAAGCUUGAAGUUCUCCCGAAUGAAAUAGGAUUCUUACAUGAAUUGCAAAAGUUGAUAGUGCAGUCAAACCAGUUAUCAACUUUGCCUCGCUCAAUAGGCCAUCUGACAAAUUUGACAUCUUUAAGCGUGGGAGAGAAUAACUUACAAUAUGUACCAGAAGAAAUAGGCACACUGGAGAAUUUGGAAUCUUUAUACUUGAAUGAUAAUCCUAAUUUAUGCAAUUUGCCAUUUGAGUUAGCUUUGUGUGUAAACUUGCAAAUAAUGAGCAUUGAGAAUUGUCCAUUGACUUCUAUUCCUUCAGAAGUAGUAAGUUCAGGACCAUCUUUGGUAAUCCAGUAUUUGAAAACCCAAGGGCCAUACAGAGCUAUGUGAUAUCAGGAUGAAGGUAUCGUGAGGAGCAGUGACUUUAAUUAAAUCAACAUUGCUUAAAAAUGCAUUGCUUUGCAAGUGUACUCAUUUUGUUGUGAAAUAAAACUCAACAAUGUUUUGAAGUACUGUUUAAUUUUGUAGUCUAGAUUCAUAAAAGGAAAAUAUAUUGAUGUUAUAUUGGUGUUGUGUAUUUCAUCGUUUCAUGUAAAUUGUCUUUUACUUACUGUGUUACUUGUACUUGUACUAUCUUGAAAUAGUCAUAAUAUGCUAUUUAAAAUUAUGGUUUACCUGAUAGCACAUUCAGUUUAUAGCUUUCAAAUAGUAAAAAAAAUUAAGAAAAAACAUGAAAUGUGUACAUGUUAUUGUCAAUGUUUUUAAAUUAUGAACAAAAUGUGGUAGUGUUAGGAAACAAAUUGUAAGAUGCAGCAUUUUACAAUACAGCAGCUGUAUAUAAUGUAGGUAUAUGAGUGAAAAUAUUGUUUUUAUUGGUAACAUUGUGUAACAAAAUCUGAUUUUGAAAUAUUAGAGGCCAAAACUUUGUUUCUGUAAUUAUCAUUAUUACCUAUCUUUGCUAUUGUAUAAUUAUGUAUUUGAUAAGUUCAUCAUUAGACAUUAAGGUCUAAAAAAUAUAUUUUUACCUAGGUAGAAAGUAUUAAAUUGUCAUUAAGCUCAAAGCAAAUUAAAAUAAUAAAAUCAGCAGUAUACUAAUUUUAUAUUUCAGUUAAAAACACAUUAAGUGAAAAUUGGAAUUAAUAUUUUUAAUAGUAUAAUUUAAACACAUCAUUUAUUUUAAAACUUUUAUGACUUUUUGACUUGUCACCAGUGAUUUCUAAUAUUGUGAAUAAUAAAUUAAAUGAAGGUCCCCUAAAAAAUAAAAUAAAAAAAUAUGGAUAUAAUUUAUGUGUACUUUCAAAGGCAAUAUUGUGUAAUUAUUUUUUUUACAAAAUAUAUUAAUCUAGAAUGCACAUUGUAAACAAAAACUUUUUGUUUUUCAAUAAAAACUUACCACUGUACUGAUGAGGAAUCAGUAUUGCAUUUAUUUUACAUUUGUAUGAUAAGUUUUAUAUUAAUUAUAAUUAUUGUUUGAAUUAAGUUAAUUUGUUUUGUGUCAGCUUACUUUUGUGCUUUGUUUUUGAAUGUAGAAAUUUUCAUAGAUAUGUGUUUAUGUACUAUAAUAUGAACUUGGAUGUUGAUGUUCUUUGAUAUUGUGAAUUUGAUGUCUUCUAGUCAAAAUGACUGUUUCGUGUACAAUCAAACUACCAUGACAUGUUAAAACUUUCUUUCGACUUGUAUACUGCAGUCGAAAUUGCUGUUAGAAACUCGUGGUCAAGUUAAACCUAAUAUAAUGUUGAAUCCGUGUCUAGAUAUUUGUAAUUGAAUGUUUAAUUGACAUGUAAACCUGUUGAAAACGAAUAAAUGGAUUAA